AUGGCCAUCUGCAUUGCAACCAUUGUAGCUACGUUCACUGCCAGAUGUACGUUCAGCAUUGAGAUCGAAAUCUCUUACUGGAUGUACUGGGGAGGCUAUUUUUGCGUUUUCGGAUCAGCACCAGAUGCCAUCACGGUCACGAGAGCCUCUCGGUGGGUGAAGCUCAAUUGGACCGCAACAGUACUCUUCAUCCAGCACAUGGUAAUGCUCUAUCAUGGAAUUUGGUUCGUUUGGUGCGGUUACGAUCAAGUUUUCGCACGAAUGCCCUGCGGAACAUAUCAAUUCCUGCUUGCUCCCAUGUUGGAUCCAAGUCAGCCUUACAAGCACGUCCGAGAUGUUUUGAUGAUCUUGGCUAUGCCAACAUAUCGCCUCCGUUGUGCUGUGUUUGGCAUCAUCGCUUAUGGUCUGAGUAUAGCGGCCAUCGAACUGACCCUGAAGUGGAACAAGGUGGUUAACGUAAACUACCUGGCAGCCACCGGCCAAUAUAUCUCUUUGACAGUCGGGGCGGGCAGCCUGAUCUCAGUCAUCUGGAGCAUCAUACGCCAAGAGACCGAACGUCGACGUCAGGCAAGGACCCAACAGAUCCUUCAACAACAGCACGACGAAGAAGGGAUUGAAUUACAAUCCACCUCGAACGGUUUCUCGACCGCUCUGAGGCACGCUUUCGAGCAACGCGACGCCGAGUUCUUCAGAAGUGGUGGAUUGCUUCCGGCCACCGAGCCAGAGGCUGCUCAGUACACAGACUCAAUAUCUCGCAAUGGGCAAUUUCUCAUGAGUGGAGGGUUAGCCGCAAUGGACGAAUUACAUGCCCUGCCUUGGACGGACCUCCGACGAAGUGCUUUGUCUCAACCUCAUGAAUAG